AUGCAGGGUUCUCAAGUGCAGCGAUUGCUGCCUACACCCCCUCAUCCUAAUCCACCAAGCCUUCAGGAACUCAGCAGUGAGCCCCGGAUGAGUCCCGGUGCUUCCCCUCCCAUUCAUCAGCCGAAUAACGUCACGCAUUAUCCCCGUCCCAUGAAUCGUGUGCCACCUCCUCAGUUUCUGUCCAACUUGCACGAUCUUGAACAGAACUGGCAAAUGACUGAUGAGCUGAUGGCAGAGAUUGAGCGGGCGGAUCUGCAACAGGCACAAGGAUUGGCUGCUGCCGCCCACAUCUAUCCCUCUUAUCCAGUUGGAUCUGGUUACAACGCCACAAAUGUGAAAACUGAUAGUUCUCUGAGGGAUCCCGGUGUGGAACGAGUUCGGGCUGCAGAAAAGUCGAGCCCCAAAGCAGUAGAUGGACAACUUGGUCGACGUCCCUCGGUUCGAGAAAGUCGAGAGAGCCCAAAGGCACGCGAUCGUCCCUCGUUUUCCCCUAACCAAUCACAAACUCCCGAACGACGGAAAUCGCCGCCGUACAUCACUCCUCUUGGGUCACCCGGGGAGCAAUACAAUCAAUACCAUCACGAACCCGCUUCUGUUGCUCGCAGACCCGCGCAUGAUAGCCGACCAAAUCUUACAUUGGCUACGCAGACGCCUCCACUGCAAGCGAUUAGUGCACGAACACCAGACAAAUCCUUACCUUUACAGGAAGAACCUGAGGAAGAAGUCCCAGUAGCUAUCAAAGCGGAGGUGAAUGGUCGAGAACAUUCUCGCUACAUGCACCAGAUACACCAGCAACGCGAACCAGAACUUGGGUCUCCUACGCCUUCAUCGGAUCUCAAUCCCGAAGGAUCUUAUAUCCAGGAUGGCCGGAGUAGCCGUGCUGCCAUUCGACCAGAAGAUGAAGAUACUCUCUAUGAAAAAAGUGACAAACAGGAGAGUUCGAACGAUGGCAGUGGCACUCCUCGUUCUCCAUCGGCCGGGAUUCCUACUGCAGAAAACACAGAGCAAAAUCGAUUUCGGCCCGCUCAACAAACUCAACCUAGGGGAGCUGUUCCUGCCCCGCAUAGAGGUCGCGGUCGAAAUGGAUCCACUGAUCAACUCGGUUUACGAGGACUGGAUACCUCGUUAUUCGAGCAAGUGGAGCAGGCUCGCACCUCCGAGAUGCCGCCUCAGUAUGCAGAAGCUCCUAAACCGAUACCCAGGCCUGAUCCUAUACAAGAGUCUUAUGCUCAUUAUUAUGCUCAACAUAUGCAUCCUGAUGAUUUUCAGGGCCUUAUGGAUGACCCAACAUCUGCAUAUAUUCAGGCGUACCUACGUUCGCCUCGACCAGAUGCUCCCAUUCCACCAACACCCCAUAGCCAGACGUCCCCUCCUUCACCAUCUCCAAUGCUGUCCGGACGAUAUGAAAACCCAAAGGAUUCGUAUCCUCCCUUCAGUCCAGUUGCUCCUGCCGGUUCACCUUAUCCAUAUCCUUUCACACAUGUUCGUAGGAAUAUGAGCUACUCUGGUCACUCGCAAACGAACUCCAAUCUUGGUUUAAACCCUGCGGUAAUCCAAGAGCAAUUCGUCAAGCAAUUCCAGAUGUACGCCCAGAAUCAUUCUGGCAAUAUAACAGACUCAACUCUUUCGCCCUCCUCGACGCCUUACCCGCCCACAUACAAUCCGUGGGCGUACUGGCACACACAACGUCUCAUGGGAGGGCAAAUUCCGGAUACCGUGACAAGACAGUCGAGUCCAAGCCACGAGCCCAUCCCGCUCCCUCCUCAUCCCCCAAUGGUCAGUUUACGAAGGAAAUCCGAUUCGUCAAAUUUACGUGCGUAUCGUCCUGCUCCAAAAGCCAAUCGAAAACCCCCUCCGCGCGUGGAUAGUACACAGCCGCGAGAGACCAGUCCUGAACCUUCAACUUCUGGCGAAGAGACCGCAGGAGAGGACACACGCUUCGCCGUUUCCGAGGAAGGUAACUGGGUAAACGGAACUACUUCGGCGAUUCCGAUCCCGAUUCCGAUUCCUAUUCCUAUUGUUGAUGAUACUGCGUCGGCUGAGUGGGUUGACGAAGAUGAGGAAGAAGAUGAAGAGGAUUUGUUGGAAUUAGAAUAUCAUCCUACAUACGUGAAUAAUGUCGAGAAACGUCGACGUCGUUGGGAGACCAAGUGGGAUGCUUUGUUGCAAGCUUUCCAAGCUCUAGAUCGGCAAACCGACGCCACUAUGAUUCUGUUGGCUGCUCCGUCCCACUCAACGAAGCUCCAUCUCGUCACCUCUCGUUCGAUCCGGCGGCUGCCUGCUAUUGGACAUUCACAGGCUCUGAAGGGUGUACGUGCCGGGUUCCGGCAGGUCGCUGCUCAACGAAGAACGUCGCGUUCGCAUAAGGCCUCAUUGGUGGACCGAUUCCUCAAUGCGUCGAGCGGAAGUGGCGAUGGAUCUGACGGGAGUUCAGAAUCGAAUAAGGAGGAUAUGAAGCGGGUACUGGAGGCUGCGCUUGGAAGUUUGAAUGUUAUGAGGAACAUGUACGAACAACGGGAAGCUAGGUGGGUUGAAGAAAUGCGGAGGAUGAGUGAGGACCGAGAACGAGUCGAGUUUUUGCUAAAGCAGGUGCUUGGAGAUGGACAUCCUGUCGCCGAGUCUACACGCCCAUAGGUUUUAUGUAUUUAUGCACGUAUGUCUGCAUCCUAUCUUUUUUCACCACACAUUAUGUGUACACAAAAAACCUAUGCC